AUGCUGACGGAAGCAGAUACCACCGCCUUUGUUUCCGAGUCAGCGUCAGGGCGGCCUGACAAUAACACGGCUGGGUUCGGCCAGGUGCACGAAGUGGAGAGCAAAGAUGUGGGAGAGGUCUCCGUGGACAGCGAAACUUCAUUUGAUACAGACACCGCUUCGCUACCGACUUCGGAAGCGAUCAUAUCCUAUUCGCCGCACCGAAAGACCAGACCGACCAAAAUUCGGCGAUCCCCGGUAUUCUUCACGCUUUGUAUCACACCGCGUAAUCCUCUCAUAUACGUUGUCAAAUCAUCCAUCCUGUCGCGUCGCCGAGAAGCUCGAUUCGAAGAACGUCUUCUCAGGUCCGAACAAGAUCGACCCAAAUGGAUUUCGAAAAAAGCCACCACACAUGGCGCGGUUGGAAGCAAAUGGGAGAACAUUGCUAUCGCUGUAGCUGCGCAAGCGAAUCUACUGACUUAA